AUGAAAUAUUUAAAAAAUGUUAAGAUCCCUCAAUAUUUUUCAUUAAAUGUUUAUGAUAUUAUCAUUGUUGGUGGAGGAAUAUCAGGAUUAACAUUAGCAUCAGUUUUAGGGUCUAAAUUGGAAGAUUUUCCAUUAAGAAUAGCUUUAAUUGAGAAAUCAGAUUUGAAAAGUCUGAAAAAAUGGGUACCUUUUGAGUCAAAAUACUCUAAUAGAAUAAGUUCUUUAAAUUUAUCAACAGUUUUGUUUUUAGAAGAUGUUGGUAUUUGGAAAUAUGUGAAAAAAGAACGAGUUCAAUCAUAUUAUGGGAUGCAAGUUUGGGAUGGUAUAUCAUCGUCAAGAAUUGAUUUUUGUAUUGGAAAUUAUAAGGAAAACCAAGACGAAUCAAAAGCAUUAGCGUUUAUGAUAGAAAAUGCUAAUCUUCAAUCAGCAUUAUUGAAAAAAAUAAAUGAAUUUUCUAAUUUUAUUGAUAUUUUUGAUUCAACAAAGAUAUCAUGUAUAAAAUAUGAUAAUUGUGGCAAUGAUGUUUAUGAUUUAAGUGAUUGGCCUGUUGUAAAGUUAUUAAAUGGAAAAACAAUGAUAUCGAGAUUAUUAAUUGGAGCAGAUGGAGUUCAUUCAUUAGUAGGAAAAUUUUCUGGAAUUGAGUCUUUUGGAUGGGAUUAUAAUGCACAUGGUCUUGUAGCAAUAUUGAAAUUAACUGAUUUCUCAUCAGUAAAUGAAAUUAUUACUGCAUGGCAAAGAUUUUUGCCUUAUGGACCUAUUGCUAUAUUACCGCUUCCUAAUAAAUAUGCAACAUUAGUAUGGUCAUGCCCUCCAGAAAUGGCAGCAUUUCUAAAAAGCCUUCCAAAAUCAACUUUUUUGUUUUUGGUAAAUGCUGCAUAUAGAUUGGACAUAGCUGAUCUGUCAUAUAUUCUUUCGUUAAAAUCUUAUUUGGAGAUUGAAAGUCAGAUUAAAUGGCGUUUAGGAUUUUAUCAAAAGAAUGGUCCAGUUCCUCCCUUUGCAGUAGAUUUGCAAAACGAUACGAGAGAAUCAUUUCAACUAAGAACAAGACAUUUAAAGAGUUAUAUAAAAGAAAGAAUAGCAUUAUUAGGUGAUGCAGCACAUACUAUACAUCCAUUAUCCGGUCAAGGACUUAAUAUGGGCCUCGGUGAUGUUAGAUCUUUAUCAAGAGUUAUUUUUAAUGCUUUGUCUAUUGGCCAGGAUAUUGGAACAUCUCAGGUACUUAAACAAUAUGAAUCUGACAGAUAUUUAAAGAAUUACAUUAUGCUUGGUGUAACUGAUAAGCUAUAUAAAUUAUAUUCUACAGAAAAUCCAUUUAUUGUUGGAUUAAGAAGUAUUGGACUAAGCGGCAUCAAUAAAUUUGACUGGAUAAAAAAAACACUUAUAAGGAAAGUAUCAUUGGAAUUUUAG